CAGUGUUAGAGCAAGAGAAUAUAACGUAUAUUCUUGGGAAGUCCCCUUUAGAUGACUCCUGAACACCGACACCUCUGAAAAUUCCAACAAGAACAUUCAACACAUAAGACAGAAUGCUUAUCAGCUGGUUUUUGUUGAAUUUGCUGCCACUCCUCAAUGCUUUUCUAAUAAAUACUGCGAUGGAACCUGAUGGUUGGAAAAAGCCUGGAUGUCAUAAAGUAGGUCACACAAGGAAGAUCAGCAUACCAGACUGCGUGGAGUUCAAAAUGACAACCAACGCAUGCAGGGGCUACUGCGAGAGCUGGGCUAUACCCUCUCACCAAAAGAACAACCCGGCGCAACCCAUAACCUCAAUCGGCCAGUGCUGCAACAUUAUGGAAACAGAAAAUGUAGAAGCUCGAGUUCUUUGUGCUGAUGGCAUCCGUACGCUUACCUUCAAAUCUGCCAUUAGCUGCGCCUGUUACCAUUGCAAGAAGGACUAAAGGUUUCCGGAAAAUGUGAAAUAUGCCUAACAUAAUAAGGAUUGUGAUUGUAAUAUGAUAUAUUUAUUGUAAAUAUUAUACUGACUGACUGAAUAGAUUACUUCUUGA